AUGAUUGCAGCAAACGUCUCCCUCCCACCAGGAGACUCACCCGACCUGAUUCUUGUACCCGCCACCCCAGAGGAGCGUAUCACCUCAAUCAAGCUCAACAGCGUCGCAUGGAAAGGCCCACUAGACAUCGACACUUAUAUCGAGCGCGAGAAUCAUCUCUUCGCUCAGAACCUAACUCGCGACGGCCUGACAUGCUGGAUCUUGGUGGACAAGUCCGAGCCUGAAGGGGACCGUACAAUCCUCAGUUCUUGCGAGACUUACAAGAAGAAGGCACUGCUUGCACACGGCGGGAGCGUGGAAGAUGUUUCCACGCACGGCAUCGGGAGUGUCUAUUGCCGGCCUGAGUUCAGGGGGAAGGGGUAUGCGAAGAGAAUGUUUGAGGAGCUGAGCGGGAAGCUCGAUACGUGGAAGAUGGAGAAGGAGACGAGGGGGAAGGCUCUAUUUACUAUUCUUUUCUCAGAUAUUGGCAAGAAUUUCUAUGCACAGUUUGGAUGGAAGCCGUUCUUGUCUUCGCAUAUGGCUCUUCCACCGCUGGCGAGUGAAGGACAGUCCAAUGGAAACGCUGACAUGACGAGAGAUCUUUAUGCGGAGGAUGUGGAGAAGUUCAUUUGCAAUGAGUCCGUUACCGCCAAGUUGCGUGAUCAGUUGCGUGAUGCUUCGCAGAAGACGACGGGUAGUAAGAUCGCAAUCAUUCCUGACUUUGACCAUUUCGUAUGGCACUGGGCGCGUGAGGAAUUCUUCUCGAAGAAUCUUUUGCCGCAUCGCUCUCCACCUGUUAUCAAGGGUACUGGGAAUGACGAGGCUCGUGUGUACUGUGCAUGGAACCGCAACUUUGGUGAGGAGCCCGAGGACAAUGUGCUGUACAUUCUCCGUUGGGUGUAUGAUGAUCCCCAAUCGGCGGCGGAGGAGCAGGUAUUGGUCCAAGCCAUGGCUGCCAUCUUGAGGCGAGCCCAGCGAGAGGCACAUGAAUGGAAUAUGCACGCAGUCGAGUUCUGGAACCCAACACCACUGCUGCAAAAGGCUGUGAAGAUGUUGGAUUCAGAUGCCCAAGUUGUGCAUCGUGAGAAGAGCAGCAUUUCCAGUCUGCGCUGGACCGGUGCGCAACAAGGGCUUGGUGAUGACGUUGAGUGGUUCUUAAAUGAGAAGUACACUUGGUGUUGA